AAAAAGUGGAAAAAACAGUCCCGAUGAAACCCAGUACGCUCAUCCGGUAUUUAGCCGUCUCCGGGAAAGUCCCGGCCGUGUUCGAAGAUUUCGAAACGGCGAGCCGGUUAGUGUUGUUCGUGGACGACCACAUGAAAGCGGUGCCGCCACACACAUCAAAGGAGAAGUGGGAAAGGAUCAUCACAGGAAAAUUCUACGAAGUGCUAUCGUCUUCCUGCGAUGCCCUCGCUCCUGCUUCCACGGUCAUGAUCGACGGAGUCCCGACCGCAACCACAUAUCAAGACCGGGUGUACAACUUCUUUUCCCUGCCGGAAUCGAAUGCGGCGGGAUUUAAAUACAAGUUGAACAACCUCUGCACCAUGACGCAUCAAACUGCGCACAUGUUCAACGACGACGAAAUCAGGAGCAUGCUCGGAUUGCCAGACACCCCGGACUCCACGGGCCGUGAUCGCUCCAGAUCCCCCCGCCGUACCGGUGGCGGAACCCACUCUACGAACCAGGAAGCGGGGGAGAAAGCGAUGAAAGUCUGCUGGCACUACCUGAAGUGCGCGCCCUGUUCCAACACGGAGAUCAAGGAUCGAAGCGGUUGCGUGUCAUGCGAGAAAGGGGGAUUGCGCCCUACGUCCAAAACCCAAUUGACCAAAACGCA